AUACGAAUCUGCUUGGACCGCGUCAGUCGACCGGGAGUCACUUUGCUUCGCAUAACGUGUCGGUCUUUACAUAAAUAGUGCUUGAACAUAUUCACUAUGAAAAUUAAAUCGACAAUAUUUAUUUUUUUAAUUGCUGUUUGGACUUGCAAUUGCCAUCUGCGGCUCCUUGGUGACAUCUUGACAGGUGCUCAUGAUAGAAUACAUUCUGGAAUUCAAAAUGUGGCGGGUGCAGUAUUAGGCCACGUUGGCGCGAAUGGACAGAGACGACCCGGACCAGAUUACCAGGGUGGUUAUAGUUCAAACAGACCAGGAGAUACAGUUGUAGUAGUCAUAAAAGAAGAAGAUAAUAACAACAACUAUAGACCAACCGAGAAUCAUUUUCAACGCCCCAACGGACCCCCAUAUAAUCAGCAUGGCCCAUAUAAUAAUAAUAAUAAUAAUCACUAUGGCCCUCCAGAUAAUAAUAAUCCGCAUGGCCCAUAUAACAAUAAUCCGCAUGGCCCACAUAACAAUAAUCAGCAUGGCCCACAUAAUCAAAAUAAUCAGUUUGGCCCACAUCAAGAAAAUAACCAUUAUGGGCAAAAUAACCAAAGACCUAAUUAUAAUACUCCAAAUAACUUUAUAAACAGACCACCUAAUAGACCUAACUAUGGAAAUGACUAUCCUAAUUAUCAAAAUCAAGGAAAUGGAAACUACAAUAACUACCCAAAUAAUCAACAACAAGGUAAUGACUAUGGACAGAAUAACAAUGGAUAUCCUAACAAUCAAAACAAUAACUAUAACCGCCCCAAUUAUAACAAUGAUAGACCCGAUUUUACUGGAAACCCUAACCAACAAGUUGAUUCAACGAUUCCAUUUGACAAAACAACUCAUACCCCUGAGAAUCCGUCAACGGAGUUUAUUUCUAAGAAACCAGACUAUCAGCCUAAAGAGGAAACGACAAAAAAACCAGUUGACAAUGAUGCACCCUUUUUCGUUCCCCUUAAUCCUAAUGAAUACUCGUAUGGUGGAAAUAAAAUCAACAUAACAGACCCAAAAAGGGAUACAAAUAGCAACGCAGAACCCGAAGAUGAAGAUUUUAACAUUGACAUUAGAAUUAAAGACGAGUAAACCAUAAGUUUUAUAUUACAUAUGUAAGUAUUCAAAUAGCAUUUGUAUUUUGAACUCCAAUAAAUAUAUUUUUUAUAACAACCAG